AGGGAGCUUUCAUAUGAGACAACAAAAGCCACUCCUUUUGACCUGGUUUCCGAACUUUCUAUUGCUUCACCUGAGUUGGAAACACUCAUGAGCCAUUGUGGCGAGGAUUGGGAGUUGAUCGAAGAAACAUUUGGAAUCAUCCUUGAACAAUCCGUCCAAAAUCAAGGUUAUCUACAGUUUCGAACUUCUGUGAUGGCCGCAGCGGCCUUAUUUCUAAGUAUGGAAGGUUGCCUUUUUGAUCAUCCCCUGGACCAGAUGGCUACUCAAGGUCGACAUUGGGUAAGGGACUCAGAUGGAUCUUGGCAUAAAACGAUCGAUCGAUCAUCUCCGAAUUCGGUCAGGGUGAAAAUCGUAAGCGAAGUGAUGAGUAACAACCAUCUCAUAGAGGUGGUUGAAGAAGAUAUCAAAGCUUCGAUUAUCCUCUUAAUGGACUUGAACGAGAAUGAAGUCGAACAAUGCAAAGACUGGUGUGCAGCAUUAUAAUGAAGAAGUCGAUGCAUAUUUCUUUCAUGAGUAAUCUUUUCCUCUUAUUGUUAUCAGUGAUUUUUUGGGGCUUCUCGUUCUCUCUGGCCAUAUGUCGUUAAAUCAAUAGUUUAUUCCGGUCAAGUUUAUUGUUCAGUGUAAGAAAAAAAUAUGUUUUUUUGGUGAUAGUCAUGCAUUGUAAAGUAUAGCAGUAAAAUGUAAAUAGAACAACGAUUUAAUGAAAUGUUUAAUUGUAGAAUUAGUACAUAAAUGUAGUUUUCACUUCAGUUUC